CGCGCUUCCACGCCACUUGUUGCCGCGUUCCCCCUCUUAAAUCCAAUCCAGUCCGCCCGCCUCGCGGUCGCGAACCGCCGCGGACGAAGAGGAGGAGGAGGAGCGUGAGGUGAGGUGAGGUGAGGAAGAGGAUGGGGAGGGGAGGGAUCGGCGGCGGGGCGGCAGCGGCGGCGGUCGUGGAGAACACCGACUCCACCCGCGGCUUCGUCAAGGACGUGAAGCGUAUCAUCAUCAAGGUUGGCACCGCUGUUGUCACUGGUCCGAAUGGGCGGUUGGCUAUGGGCAGGCUAGGAUCUCUGUGUGAACAGGUGAAGCAGCUGAAUUUUGAGGGUUACGAGGUGAUUCUGGUUACUUCUGGUGCUGUUGGUGUUGGGAGGCAGAGGCUCAAAUACCGGAAGCUUAUCAACAGCAGUUUCGCUGAUCUGCAGAACCCACAGACGGACAUGGAUGGGAAGGCCUGCGCCGCCGUCGGUCAGAGUGGACUGAUGGCAAUCUAUGACACGCUAUUUAGUCAACUUGACGUGACAUCGUCUCAACUUCUUGUCACGGAUCGUGAUUUUCUGGACCCAAGUUUUGGGAACCAGCUUCGCGAGACUGUGGACUCUCUACUGGAUCUCAAAGUUAUACCAGUAUUUAAUGAGAAUGACGCCAUCAGUACUAGGAGACAACCAUACGAGGAUUCAUCGGGCAUAUUCUGGGAUAACGACAGUUUGGCCAGACUGUUAGCGCAGGAACUUAAAGCAGAUCUCCUUAUCAUGCUUAGUGAUGUGGAGGGACUCUACAGCGGUCCACCUAGCGAUCCUCAAUCAAAGAUUAUCCACACAUACGUCCAUGAACAACAUGAGAAGUUAAUUAGCUUUGGGGAGAAAUCUCGUGUGGGAAGAGGUGGAAUGCAAGCUAAAGUAGCAGCUGCUGUUACUGCUGCAUCAAAUGGCAUACCUGCUGUAAUUGCAAGUGGAUUUGCAAUCGAUAGCAUUAUAAAGGUCAUUCGAGGAGAGAAAAUUGGUACGCUUUUUCAUAAAGAAGCAAGUCAGUGGGAUUGUUCCAGGGAAGUAACUGCCCGUGAGAUGGCAGUUGCUGCAAGAGAUUGCUCAAGACAUCUACAGAAAUUGUCAUCUGAGGAGCGUAAGAAGAUUUUGCUAGACAUCGCUGAUGCUCUAGAAGCAAAUGAAGAUUUAAUUAGAUCCGAGAACCAAGCUGAUCUGGCUGUGGCACAAGAUUUAGGCUAUGAUAAACCUUUGCUUGCUCGGAUGACCAUAAAACCAGGAAAGAUAAUGAGCCUUGCGGGAUCAAUUCGUGCAAUUGCUGAUAUGGAGGAUCCUAUUUCCCAUACAUUGAAAAGAACAGAGGUUGCUAAAGAUCUUGUUUUUGAAAAAACAUAUUGCCCCUUGGGUGUUCUUCUGAUUAUUUUCGAGUCUCGUCCUGAUGCCUUGGUCCAGAUUGCAUCUUUAGCAAUCAGAAGUGGAAAUGGUCUUCUUUUGAAGGGAGGAAAAGAAGCUAUGAGAUCAAAUACAAUACUGCAUAAGAUCAUAACGGGAGCAAUUCCAGAAGCUGUUGGUAAAAAACUUAUUGGUCUAGUGAAAAACAAAGAUGAAAUUGCUGACUUGCUAAAGCUUGAUGACGUGAUCGAUCUUGUAAUUCCAAGAGGUAGCAAUAAGCUUGUUUCCCAGAUCAAAGCAGAGACCAAGAUUCCUGUUCUUGGUCACGCUGACGGUAUCUGCCAUGUUUAUAUUGACAAAUCAGCUGACAUGGAUAUGGCAAAACGUAUUGUAUUGGAUGCAAAGGUUGAUUAUCCGGCAGCGUGUAAUGCCAUGGAAACAUUACUUGUUCAUAAAGAUCUGAAUAGGACAGAAGGCCUUGACGAUUUAUUGGUGGAGCUUGAAAAGGAAGGAGUAGUUAUCUAUGGUGGGCCUGUUGCACAUGAUACAUUGAAAGUACCAAAGGUAGAUUCAUUUCAUCAUGAGUAUAACUCAAUGGCAUGCACCCUCGAAUUUGUUGAUGACGUGCAGUCAGCAAUUGACCAUAUAAAUCGCUAUGGAAGUGCGCACACAGAUUGCAUUAUCACUACUGAUGGAAUGGCAGCAGAGACUUUUCUACAGCAAGUUGAUAGUGCUGCUGUGUUCCAUAAUGCAAGCACACGGUUCUGCGAUGGGGCUCGCUUUGGUCUAGGUGCUGAGGUUGGCAUAAGCACAGGGCGCAUACAUGCUCGGGGGCCUGUUGGCGUUGAUGGACUCCUAACUACUCGAUGCAUUUUACGAGGAAGUGGACAAGUAGUGAACGGAGACAAGGGAGUUGUUUACACCCACAGGGAGCUCCCUUUGCAAUGAGGUAAAUGAGCUGGCGAAGGAGCUGUUGCAGAGCAAGUUUUUGCAGAUGCUCGCUGGGCUCCUUCCUGACGUAUCCUUUUCUUCAUGACACGCAAUGGAGCCAUAAAGCAGGAAGUAACGAAGGACAAAGGUCAAAACUUAAUAGUACUAUGUUCCAUGUGUUGCUAUGCAGUAUCUGUAUGGUGCCCCUUAUUCAUUGUACCAUGAAUAAUUUAUGCCAUUUGUCGUAGGAGCUUCCUGUAACUACAUUGGAUUUCAUUGACGUCUACGGUACUAAUAAUUAAAAUUGCUAGAUGGCUUUAGAUGAACA